AUGAGGGCUUAUCCAUGGCUGGCAACUGGGCUAACAUUGGCGCUGGCCUUGGAUCUGGUUUGCGCAGGCGUCGCGCCCAUGACCACAUUAUAUAAGCGCAACUCGGAGGAGAAGUACGAGCCGGAUUUGGUGGCCGUUUCCUCGACCGUUAUUCCCUUGACGGUGCUGGAGGUGAGCUACGGGCUGGGCGGCAAGCCCAGCGAUGCCUACAAGGCGGCCUAUCUGCGCAAGCUGCGCAAACAGGUGCUCCAACGGGCGCAGGCGGAGGCCAGCGGCGCCACGCCCCUCGCCGAACUGCCGCCGGCGCCCAGCGAUGCGGACGCCCUGAUCACAGUCAAAUCCAAGCAGGCCAAAGUCAAGGCUGUUUAGUCUGAAGCCGGAGCUGGGCCAGACGCGUGUGCG